UAAAAAAAUUUUUAAAAAAAUUAAAAAAAAAAAAAAAAAAAAAAAGCCUGUGAUAUUUCGUGAUUCCAGGACCGAAAACUAAGUUGCUGUGUGACUGAAACAUUUUUGUUUAUCAUGGUCCUCGGAGGUUUUUCUUUACUCAUGGAAAAUAAAUCCUCUCCACUCAGAAAAACUCCCGGAACCCGAUGCGACUGCAGAGUGAGUCAUCCUCCCAACUAGACGAUCUUGUACAGUGUGUACAGCUGCUGUAAAUCGGGCGUGAGGGAGCAGACGAGAGGCGAGGAAGCCCGAGCCCUGCAGCUGUCGGGAGCGCAGGAUAAGCAUGGACAGACCCGAGAACCCGCCGCUGUAGGAGCGAGCACGGGCAGAGGAAACUUUACACACCCCCGCUGAACGGACCGAGGCGACGGAGGGCUUCCUCCGGUCCCUCCCCCUGCUGGAAGAUAAUGUGGCUAAACCCAGAGGAAGUUCUGCUGAAAAACGCCCUGAAGCUCUGGGUGACCGAGAGGAGCAACGACUUCUUCCUCCUGCAGAGGAGAAGAGGCCACGGAGAGCCCACAGGAAGGAUCACAGGUCUCCUGGUGGGGGCUCUGGACACUGUGCUGGACUCCAAUGCCAGGGUCACACCCUUCCGCAUCCUCCUCCAGGUUCCCAGCUCCCAGAUCAGCUGGGUGAUCGCCAGCGGAGCUGCCAUAGAGGAGGUGAACAAGCACUGGGACUGGCUGGUCCACAACCUGCUUCACUCACUGUCUGUGUUUGAGAAUAAGGAGGAUGUUGCCAGCUUCGUCAAAGGAAAAGUCAAGGGCCUUAUUGCAGAGGAGCUUCGGGGUCGACAGGCCGCCCAGGAGGAGGACCCGGAAAAGUUCAGGGAGGCGCUGCUGAAGUUCGAGCUGCACUUUGGCCUCCCCUCGUCAGAGAAACUGGUGACGUACUACUCCUGCUGCUGCUGGAAGGGCCGGGUGCCUCGACAGGGAUUCCUCUACCUCAGCAUCAACCAUAUGUCCUUCUACUCCUUCCUGCUGGGGAAGGAAGUCAAGUUUGUGAUUCCCUGGGCGGAGAUGACACGGUUGGAGCGGGUCUCCACCGGUCUGAUGACGGAGGCGAUCCGGGUCAGCACGCGGCAGCGGCAGAGGGAAUUCUCCAUGUUCCUCAACCGGGACGAGGCCUUCGGGGUCAUAGGUCAGCUGGCUGACAUUGCCCUGAGGAAGCUGCUGGACAAUGAGGGCCUGGAGCUGGACCGAGUCCUGCAGCAGCCCACACGCAUCACCAAGAGGAUCCUGGAGGAACAGGCAAUAAGGGAGUACGUCCUGGCUCUGUUUCGGCUCCCUCGUGCCGAAAAGCUCCAUGAGGUGGCCUCUUGUUCUUUAUGGACACCCCAUUCACGCAGCCACACAGCCGGGACUCUCUACACCACUGACAGCUACCUGUGUUUCUCCAGCCGAGAGGAAGGCAGCUGCAUCCUGAUCAUACCGCUGUCAGAGGUGUUGUCCAUAGAAAAAGCGGAGAGCACCAGCCUGCUUCCCAACCCCGUCAUAGUGAGUGUUCGGACUAAGAAGGCCUUCCAGCUGAUCGAGCUGCAGGACAGAAACGAGCUGGUGGAGAGCCUGAACUCCAGACUGCGAUCUAUACAGUGGAAACAGUCCAUGUUCCGCAGCAGGAAAGACGGCAAGAGGAGUAUGAGCGCCCCGACACCCUACUACACCUUUUACUAUGACACUGGAUUCUCUGAUGAAGAGGAGAAAGAGGAGCAGGUGCUGCGUAACACCGUGAACAGCGAGGCUCUGAUGACAGCCUUCCACCAAAGCCAGCCGGGAGCCAAUGGCAACAAGGUGGAGGAGUCUGACAGUUCAGCUCAAAGCAUGGAGCAGGUGAAGGAGCAGCUGUGGGAGGAUCACUUCUUGGAGUUUGGCCGUGGCGUCCACAUGUUCCGCACAGAGAAGAUUCAGAGACUGGUUGCCAUGGGGAUACCAGAGUCGCUGCGAGGAGAGCUGUGGAUGACACUCUCAGAUGCGUCCUCCGAGCUGGAGUCUCAUCAGGGCUAUUACACCAGCCUGGUGCAGAAGUCGAUGGGUCAGAGCAGCCUGGCCACAGAGGAGAUUGAGCGAGACCUUCACCGCUCUCUGCCGGACCAUCCCGCCUUUCAAAACCCCACCGGCAUCGCUGCACUGAGACGUGUCCUCACUGCGUACGCUCACCGCAACCCCAAGAUCGGAUACUGUCAGUCUAUGAACAUCUUGGCAUCGGUGCUGCUGCUCUAUGCUAAAGAAGAAGAAGCUUUCUGGCUGCUGGUGGCUGUGUGUGAGAGGAUGCUGCCUGACUACUUCAACCGCAGAGUCAUAGGAGCUCAGGUGGACCAGUCUGUGUUUGAGGAGCUGAUCAGGGAGCGUCUGCCUGAGCUGGCUGAACAUGUUCCAGACCUGUCCUCCCUGUCCUCCGUCUCCCUCUCUUGGUUCCUCACCCUCUUCCUCAGCGUGCUGCCCUUCCACAGCGCCGUCUGCGUGGUCGACUGUUUCUUCUUCCACGGCAUCAAAGCCAUCUUCCAGCUGGGUCUGGCUGCGCUGGAGGCCAACGCUGCACAGCUCUCUGCCAGCACUGAUGACGGACAGGCCCUGAUGAUUCUCACAAGUUUUCUGGACCAGGUUGGAAGUGAAGAGUCGUCUUGUGUUCCAUCCUCGCCGCCCGCUGCACCGGAGACGAGCAGCAGCGACGCUGAUGUUCCCGCUGUGGGCCACACAAACAUCACCGACCUCAUCAACCAGUCCUACGAGAAAUUCGGAGACCUGAGUGUGAGGCAUAUUGAGAGGCUUCGCUGUCGACACAGAAUCCAAGUGCUGCAGGCUCAUGAAGACACCGCCAAAGAAAACGCUCUGAGAGUGGUGACUCCGGAUGUUUCCAUGUCUCCAGAGAACUUGGCUGACGUCUACGACCUCUUCAAGACGGAGCACUUCAUCAGUCUGUACUGGGGUGACAGCAGCUCUGUGGCAGCGGCGGAGGCGGCGGCGUGGCAUCACGGCGACUCUGGUUGCUCCUACAUUGAGAGGCAGUACCGACUGGACCGGCCCCAGUUCAAGAGCCUGUACGGGCUGCUGGUUCCGUGGCCCGGGGGCUCAAACCAGCACGCUGACACACUGGCAAACCGCACCUUCGCGCUUUUAGACCAGGACCGCAAGAACCUGGUCACCUUCAGAGAGUUUGCUGGUUGGCUGGACACUUUGUACUGUGAAGAGCUGAAUGAGAAGAUCAGGUUGCUGUACCGUCUGCACAUCCCACCAGCUCUGACAGAAAGUGAAGACGACCCCUCUCUGAUGAAAAGCCCCCUGAUGUCCACAAACAGACCCCUCUACGUCAAUCUGCCCUCUGAUGUUGAAGGCGAGGUGAAAGACUACCAGGAGCAGCUGAAGCAGAUGCUGCAGGAUCUGGCCAAAGAGAAGGAGAAAGAUGUGGAGAAGCCUCUGCCGCUCAUGAACCAGCGGGAGUUCAUCCAGUUCUGUAAAACACUCUAUGGCAUGUUUCACGGCGACCCAGAGGAGAACGAGCUCUUCCAGGCCAUCGCUACGGUAACCAGUCUUGUGCUGCAGAUCGGCGAGGUCGGUCAUCGUGGACACAGCUCGGGGUCAGAGGUCACCAGCCAAGAGGAGGAGGCGAGAGAAGCCGACCUCGUGCAGGUGGCCGCUGACGACGGCAGCGGAGGCGGCGCGAGUUCGGCGGCAGAGAGCGAGUGGACGGUCAGCUACGCUCAGAUCCUGGCGUCCCUGCUCACUGAACAGGCGCUGGUGCAGUUCUUUGAGAAGCCGCUGGAUCUGUCCGCAAAGAUCGCAGAGGCCAAAGAGAAGCAGUAUCACCAGCGGGCGGGUUUGCUCACACUGCAGCAAAGGACCAGCUGACUCCAAUGUGAACAGAGCACUGUGGGCCAUGACACAAGACAAGCAUCUUUAUGAAGAAAACCACAGUAUCAGUAUCAUGCAACACAAUGUGACAGAAUGCAGCGGCUUCAAAUCCAGAAGCUAGCCAGGAAACUAAAGAGCCUUAAAGUAGUCUGUGACAUUUAUACUUCAGUAGUACGACUGUAGGAACUGCAACCACACUGACACCACUCCCUGACCUGCUGUGUCCUGUAGCUGGAGGGAGGUUUUUGUUUUGAGCCAAAAAGACAGUUUACAAGCUCCAGAUCACAGCAGCAGGCCUUGUGAUGGUGAUGGUGGACUCACCGGUAUCAGCCACUAACAUCAGUAAUGACAUGGUCGUUUUGUGCUACAGGCCUGCACCAAUUCUAACUCUUGCCUUCUUCUGUCACCAUUAAGAUGCCUACAGUUCAACUGUUUAGUGGACAUAUAAUCUAAUAAGGCACCCUCUAUAGAAUAUUUGUAAGUUGUGACUGAUUAUUUUACUCAUGGUUAAAGGUGCAAUAUGUAAGAACGUUUCCGUGUCAGUGCUGCUCUCCACAUGCAUUCCCCACCUGCCCCCCCCGUCCAUCCUCCUUCUGGGGGUCCGGACCACUAGCUGCACGGCUAACUGAGGCUUAGCCAAUGGGCCACAGUCAGCAGAAGUUAGUGGUUUCUCUGAUGAUAUGCUGCCUCCUCUUUGUUUGGUGGAUGAGUUUACAAAAGACAGUUGUUACAUAUUGCACCUUUUUAAUUAAUUAUUCAUUUACUAUUUUUUGCAGAUCAGUUCUAAGCAGUUGAUUACAUUAACUUCUGGCUUGUCAAGUAAUGAAACAUCAUUUAUAGCCAAGUCAUUGAACAAUGGAAUUAAUAGUGUCUCUCUUUCUAAUAAGCCAUUACUGGAUGUCAGUAAAGCAUUAAUAAUGUUGCACACAUUUUUACUUUACACUUAGCCAACAAGCCAAAGUUAGCAGUUAGUAUGUUAGCUUUAUUCUCCUGAAGUGUAAAAGUUGCUAUAAAUGAAUUAUGAUCCAGACUCUCACAUUUCCAGGAUGUCAGAGGUCAAACAGUCCAUCUAAGUGAGUGUGAUGACGGUAACAAGUGUCCUGCUGGAGGAGGAUGAAUUAUCAGAGAUGUGUUUAAAACCCGGCAUCCCAAAACCUGUCCCUAUUAAUACUUAUGACUGAUCUGUAAAGCACUUGUAAAUGAUGAAGCACUAAUAAGCCAUUCAGUUGUUGUAUGAAACCCUUUCUAAAGACUGCUCGAUUAGAAAGGUGUACCGAUGAUCUUUAAUAAUGCAGCACUAAGGACAAAUCUAGCAUUCAGUGUUCUUUUUAUUGAUUUUAUAACUUCUGUUUCUUCAAUAUGAAGUGUUUUCACCUGCACGCACCUGGAAAUAAAUAUAUUUUUUAAACUUUUCCAAAUUGCUGGAAAAUAAUCUACCGUGAUCUGAAACAGUUGCAGAAAGCAGAAAAAAAACACACUGUUGGUCUCGUCCUUUGAAUAAAAGACACUGUAUAAAGA